CUGAGGCUGCGCAGAGUCGCGAGCUGCGCCGCCUGCUCGCCGUGUGUUUCAACUGCUGAUCGAAGCUAACGGAGAGAAAACUGCGAUCCUCAGUGUUGGAUGGAAAGCAGAAUAUCCGCUGACUACCCAGUGAAAGAGGAGGAACGGGAGGAGGAGGAGGAGGAGAGGAAGAGGACAGGGAGAAACAAUCAGAACAGGAUAAUGCUGCAGAUCUGACUGGAAGAUGUCCAACGUUCCAGUGGAAGCAACCAACAUGCUCCCCAUCCUUAAGAAGAAACUGGCCUUUCUGUCGGGGGGCAAAGACCGGCGCAGUGGUCUGAUCCUGACCAUCCCUCUCAGUUCAGAUCAGACCAGCAUGGAGGAGCUCAGCGCCACGCUGGACUACCUGCUCAGCAUCCCCAGUCAGAAGUGUAAGGCGCGAGGCUUCACCGUUAUCGUGGACGGGCGGAAGUCUCAGUGGAACAUCGUGAAGACUGUGGUGCUCAUGUUGCAGAAUGUGAUCCCAGCCGAGGUGUCGCUGGUGUGUGUGGUGAAGCCAGAUGAAUUCUGGGACAAGAAGGUCACGCACUUCUGCUUCUGGAAGGAGAAAGACCGCUUAGGCUUCGAGGUGAUCCUGGUGUCGGCCAAUAAGUUGACUCGAUACAUUGAACCCUGUCAGCUGACGGACGACUUCGGCGGGAGUCUGGACUACGACCACAACGACUGGCUCAACAAGAGACUGGUUUUUGAGAAGUUCACCAGGGAGUCGACGUCGCUGCUGGAUGAGCUGUCGAUCAUCAACGACAGCGACAAGAGCAGCGCGGAGAGCAAGGAGAAGUCAGCUGACUGCGGCCUCUUGCCGUCUUUCGACCCGGAGACCGUCCUUCAGACCGGUCAUGAGCUGCUUUCGGAGCUGCAGCAGCGGCGCUUCAACGACUCCGAGGGAGGCGGCGGGCAGGGAGGGCCAGCCUGGUGUCCCAUGGAGGAGGAGCUGCUGGCUCAGCCUCAAGUGAUGAAGCUGCUGGACUCUCUCAGGGAGCAGUACACCAGAUACCAGGAGAUCUGCAGGCAGCGAAACAAGCGCACCCAGCUGGACGAGAUCCACGCCAAGGUCAUGCAGGUGGUCACCUGGCUGCAGGGUCCAGGCUCCGAGCUGCUGAAGACUCAGAAGGCGAUCGGGGACUCGAUGAGAGCGGCUCAGGCUCUGCAGCAGAAACACGAGGAGAUCGAGAGCCAGCACAGUGAGUGGUUCGCGGUGUACGUGGAGUUGAACCAGCAGAUUUCUGCCUUGCUCGGUGGCGGGGAGGAGGAGGAGGUGGCGGAGCUGAAGGCGCUGCAGCAGCAGCUGAGCGAGGUCUGCUACCAGCAGGCCGCUCAGCUGGAGGGCCGACAGAACGUCCUGCAGGCGGCGCAGGGCUUCCACAGCACCACGCAGGAGUUGUCCCAGCAGCUGGACGGCCUGCUCGGCAUGCUCUGCGCCGACGUGGCUCCAGCCGACGGAGCCUCGAUUCAACAGAACCUCAAGCUGCUGGAGGAGAAGCUGCAGGCUGUCGAGGCCGGCCUCGCUUCUCUGCGCCAGAAGGGGGCGCUGUUGAUGGAGCAGAUGUGCACCCAGCCGCCGUGGCCCCUGGACGAAGCGGAGGAGAGUCCGGCCGGGGGGCAGCAAGACGGCUCUCAGCAGGUCCACACCGUGAUGGAGGAGAUGCAGCUCCGCAAGCAGAGGUGUGAGGACAUGGUGGACGUGAGGAGGCUGAAGAUGCUACAGAUGGUCCAACUGUUCAAAUGUGAAGAAGACGCUUUACAGGCAGUAGAGUGGCUUGGCGAGCUGUUGGACGCCCUGUUGAAGACCCACGUCCGACUGGGCGACGACUCUCAGGAGACCAGGACCAUGACGGACAAACACAGGAAGUUUGUGGACGUUGCUCAGAGCACGUACGACUACGGCCGCCAGCUGCUGCAGGCGACCGUCGUCCUCUGCCAGUCCCUGCGCUGCACCACGCGCUCGUCCGGAGACACGCUGCCCAGACUCAACCGGGUCUGGAAGCAGUUCAGCGUCAGCUCCGAGGAGAGGCAGCAGAGGCUGGAGCUCGCCCUGAGCUUCCACGCCGCCGCCGAGCGGGUGUUACAGCAGGAAUGUGUGGACCCAGAGUCUCUGGAUGAAGUCGACUCUUGUGGGAAAACUCUGCUGGACAGACUGACCUUGCCUGUUGUCUUCCCUGAUGGGACCGAGCAGUUCUUCGGGAGUCCCGGCGACACGGCGGCGGCGGCGGAGGCCGUCAGGGAGCGCCUCCUGCUGGUGGAGGAGAGACGGCUGCAGCUGCAGGAGGUGGAGCUCCAUGACGAGGAUGAGGAGGAGAUGCUCAACGGGCAGGAGGCGCGGCUCGACGUGAUCGGCGAGGAACUGAGCGAGAAAGAGGAGCAAGAUGAGGAGGAAGGGGAGGAGGCGGGGCAGCAGCACGAGGACUUGGAGAGGGCCACGCAGGACUGCUGAUGGAGCGCCGGUUAACGGACGGCGGCUGAUUUGACUUCCAUCGUUGCUUCGCUUUCCCAGCAGUUUGUUCUUACUGGGCUUUCUCUACAUUUCCCAUCGGCCUCCAUGCUCACCCUCCUAAAGGUGGGAAACAUGCCGGAUGGGAUCCGGUCGCUGCGAUCAGCAGAAACUGAGAGGCUGACUGUUUUUCUGCUGCUACGCCAUCCAGUAGAACUGUAACAUACUGGAAUUAUUAACGUUACUACGUCCGGAUACUCUGUUGAUGACUGAUCGACUGUGAGAAAAAAGGAUUGGACAAAAACAGCUACUCCUCUUUCCCAGCAUGCCUCUUGUUUACCUAAGUGGGUGGAGCUUCCAUGAUGCUGACAUGGUUACCACGGUUCCUGUGUUUCUUUCCCCGACCUCUUGCCUUUCUUGCUUCCUCGUCCUCCUUUUUACUUCCCUCCCCCGGAAGAGCGAGGAACCCGUUGGUGUACCGAGGAGCGGACGCACAGUAGAUCCGGUGUGCAGCCUUAUCGGUCAUUUGCGAUGGACGCAAUUCCCUCCGGUCUCAAUCACGUGUAAAAAAACGACAAGUCCCAAAGAGCAACACGAAAAAACAUGUGAAUGGUUCAAGUAAAAGAUUUACAUAUUUGAUAGUCAUUUGGGAAAGCUCCCCCUUCCCUCAGAGAUAAAUGAUGCUGGGACACGGCUGAUUCAUUUGACUUCCACCACCGAAGGAUGAGGAUCCCCUGAGGAUAUACCCCAGGAAACCCUAAUGAAAUAAGUUGCUUUAGUUUGGCCAAAUAUGUAAAAGGAUCAGAGCUGGGAUUAUUAAAUGGACGAUCAUCAAAACCCGUGAAAUGGUCUGCGGGACUUAUUGUUUCCAUGACGCUCAACAUCUUCAGAGGACCCAGAGACUCGCUCUACUCGGAUGUUCUAAAUAAGCCCGCUGCCUUCAUGACGUCAACACCUAACCGGAGCUGCUUUCCUCUGAUUCAGACUGACAUCAGUAAGAUUCCUUUUAAAUUAUUUUUACUUUUGUUAAACUUGCCGUGAACGGUUGGUGUUUUUGACCAAUAACUGCUGCUGUACGUGUCAUUGUUAUAUCCUGCGUCUUGCCCUUUGUCUGAUAAUAUAUAUACAUACGACAUCAUCCUCUAAAUAAAGAAGCUUUUUGAAA